CAUGCGCUCGGACCGAGCCGUGACCCUGCUGCUCCGGCUAUGCUAGGGGUUCGUGCCAACAGAUGUUCCGCAUAAAACCUACUGAAUACCCGUUUUUCAUUAAAUUGUUGUAUGAGACGAUACUAGAUUAACAAUUACUUAUGACACGUAUUAUACCGUCAGUAUUACUCAGGAGCGACGAUCUCUCCUUAGCGCCGCAUGUUUGUAUUUUAAGUUUAUCGGAGCUAGCUGGCUAGCUAACUUAAGCUUGUUUUGCAGCUAAACUAAAGUGAAACAGAAAACGGAGCUACAUGAUUAAAAGCGUGUGGAAUGUGUCUUCAUUAACACCUAAUCAAGGUAUCAAUCCUGUUACAAGAAGAACAAACAUGGUUGCUUCCUGACUUCAGCAGCGGCUUGACCCUCCUCAUGAUGGACUCCUGAAGUCUCAGACAUCAGCGACUCACCUGGUCGCUUCCAUUUGUUCUGGACCAAAGGCCCUCAGGCUACAACCUGUCUGUCUGUCUGUCCGACCUCCCAAAGCAGAGGGAGCACGCAGAUGGGGAACAGCUGCUGCCACCCUGAAAGUCCCUGUGGCAGUGCAGAGGAAAGAAGUGGUUUGUUGAAAGAUGACUCGAAGGCCGCGGCACCCACAGGUGAAACAGUUGUGGGGGCUUGUGGUCCUGAAGAAAAUGAUGACACGAGAAACACAUUUGAUGAGGCAAGUCUAAAAGUGGGGGACAAGGCUUUACUGGUGAAUCCUAAAGAUGGUGAAUCAGAGCAGUUUACCACUCAGGAGAAUGGACCUUUGCAGAAGGAAAGCCUCCAAACAGCAACACCUGAAGUCAAAGAAAACUCCAACAGAGCACAAGAUGUCAAUGUCAACAAAAGUGCUGCUGACGCUGAACCGGAUGAACAUCUGCAAUGCACUUUAAACUCCCUACAGAGGGCGCACACUGCAGCUGUUUGGGAGGUUCCUGCAGCAGCAACUGCAGCACCAGAAGAAGAAAAACAGGUGCAGGAGAAAAUCCUAAAUGGCAUCUCACAAACAGCUGAAGUGGUUUGCCCUGAAAAAGCUUCCCUUACGGAGACAAACACAAAACCAGAGCACAUUACAAUGGACAGUACUAAUAAUAAUAAUGAUGAAGGAGCAGGCGAUGGCCACAAAAAAACUGUUGACAAAUCUGCAGAUGAACCAUCAGGGAAGACUUCUCAAAAUGAUGAAGAAUUAUUGAUGCCAAACACUCAGCUCACUGCUGCAGGUGGUCAGGUGUCACCAAUCUCAGCGAUCAGUCCGGAGCUCAACACCGAGGCACCAAGCUGUGCUGCUGAAGAUGACUGCGACAGAAGGAGCCCUCCCAUGUGCAUGGAAGCCAACCCUGAGGACGUACAAAGCCAUGAUGUCCCCGAGUCCUCUGUUGGACCAGCGUCCACUGGACUGGACCACAGCGGUGUGGAGACCGGACACCCCGCCAACUCAGCCAAGGAUCCAGUGACCGCAGCUGCAGUGGACGCCAGCAAGAGCUCUGAUCAGGUUCAAAAGUGCAAUGCGCCUUCAAACUCAAAGGAAACCGAUUCAUCUGAGAUCACACAGAUUAAUUCAGAGGAAACCAAGCCUGAAGUGCAGGUUGGAGAUGAUGAAGAGGUUCCCAGUGCAGAGCAGGAGGAUAAGGUGGAGGAGGCAGAGGGCGUCUCCACAGAGGCUGGAAACGACAUCCAGACAAAUGGAAAAGAGCAGCAUGUGGCAGAGGGUGCCUCCACUGAUGUCACACCUGAUGCGGUACCUCUGACAGAGAAGGAGGAGCCUUCUGAAGAUGGCCUGGGGGACAGUGAAGAGGACCUGUACCGAGGACCAGAGGAGCUGUCAGCAGCGUCACAGACAACUACAGCAGCACCGACACCUCUGUCAGAAACAACAUUGCUGAAAGUGGAGGACAGAUGCAGCCUGGCCCCUGCGGUGGAUAUUCUGUCAUACAGCGAGCGGGAGUGGAAAGGAAACACUGCCAAAAGUGCUCUCAUUAGAAAGGGUUACAAAGAGAUGUCCCAGAGGUUCAGCAGCUUGAGGAGGGUGAGGGGGGACAACUACUGCGCCCUGAGAGCCACGUUGUACCAGGUGCUCUGCCAUAGCACCCAGCUGCCUGUGUGGCUGCAGGACGAUGACAUCACCAUGCUGCCGAAGGAGCUGGAGGCGCGGGAUGGGUUGAUCAGCCAGUGGACGUUUCCCGGCGAAUGCGUACAGGGAGACGGGACAGGAGACGCCGCCCAGCAGCUGAAAGGCUACAUGGAGCUUCUGCGAAAUAAGUGGCAGGCGGCGGUGGGCUGCUCCUCGGCCGCUGAGCGCCAGCGGCUGUGCGAGCUGGUGUUCCGCGGCGGGGAGGAGGAGCUGGGGCUGCUGGAGGCGCUCAAGCUGCUGAUGCUGGGCCGAGCGGUGGAGCUGCACGGAUCCAUGCAGAGCGGCAGAGAUGCCCCCCUCUUCUGCUGGCUGCUGUUCGCUCGGGACUCGUCCGACUGCCCGCGCUCGUUCCUCUCCAACCACCUGAGCCACGUGGGCCUCAGCGCCGGGCUGGAGCAGGUGGAGAUGUUCCUGCUGGGCUACGCCUUGCAGUGCACCAUUCAAGUUUACAGACUGUACAAGGCCGACACAGAGGAGUUUGUCACCUUUUACCCCGACGACCACAAGGACGACUGGCCGUCCGUGUGCCUCGUCACGGAGGACGAUCGCCACUACAACGUGCCAGUGGUCGAAGCUGCAGAUUUACCCGAGGAGCUGGACUCGAGCUGAUGCGGCAGCAGAGAAUCUCCUGCCAUACAAACACACCUCAGGUCGAUUAAAACGAAAAGGUUCACACCAAUUAAAAAAAAAAAUGCUGAUUCGAGACCCUGUACAAGAUGUGGUUUACACGUUUGUACACACUGUACUGUACAUGCAUCAACCGUGGAGGAUAACCUCAGUUAGGUUUGACUUCAUUUCACCUGGAAAAAAA